AUGGCGCAGAAGCUGGUACCAAACUCCGUAGCAGAAAAAUCUCGAAGUAUUCCCAGACAGGAAUGGUACAAUAAGUUAUUGAAAAGCGGUAUUGGCAAGAAGAGCGGCCCAAAAAUGAAUAUUUCACUUGUUGCUGCUUACGAAUAUCCGGAACAAAUAAAUGUUAUGAUUACUUCUAGAGGCAAAUUCGGGGACGUGGUCUACUGUCGCUAUUUUGACGAAUCUCGGAACGAGAUCGGUGCGCCAUUCAAGACUGUGGUGUUUCCCGAAUUCAACGCGCACUGUCAACUUCGCGAUGGCACUGCUUUCAUGUCGCUGACAGACACGCCUACCGCUGCAUACGAAUACCCCGUUCCUAUCAUCAAUCGAACCCAAAAU